AUGUUCAAGAAGAAGCCUGUGAUCAAGCCUUUGGCACCCUUGCGAUCCUCAGAUCGUCGAAAGCUUGCAGACCAAAUCAUCCAAGACUACCGGCUCGACACCGAUUCUUCGAAAACUCCAGAAGCCGAGCAAACGCCAGAACAGAAGGCUGAAGCUACGGCCGCGCGCACGAGUCUACGAAACGCUCUACUACCUGACAAUCUACAAUCUGCUCGCUUCACGACUACUCGGGGGGAAGACUUGAAGCAGGUGUCGGGGACUAUCUAUGUGGGAAACCAAGAUGGAGAAGAGCAACGAGUAUUGUGGUUCCAGGUCGAUGGAAGGAUGUACCCGACGGUGUACACGCUUUGGAGGAAUCCAAACAUUGUCCCUUUGCUACAUACGCCUGACGUCGUGGUCAAGAAGCUCCAAGGUGGAGCGGAUUUGAUGACGCCUGGACUCGCUGGCGGACCACCUUUUCCGCAAAAGGCCAAGAAAAGGGCAGUGGUUGCUAUUGCCGGGACAGACAAGCCCACGGUGCCAGUCGUGGUGGGCAUCUGCGAGAUUGACGUGAGUGCCCUGGAGAAAGUCCAAGGGGCAAGAGGGCACGCGGUGGAGAACAUGCACUGGGCUGGAGACGAGAUAUGGGGCUACAGCACGAGCAGUAAGCCGGGACAACAGCUACCAGAAGAGCUUGAGGGUUGGGCAAAAGUGCUGGAGGCACGAGGACUGACAGAGAAAGUCGAGGACCUCACGAUGGACGACCCAGACGACGGUGGUGGAGUACCCUUAGAGAACGGAGACAAGCAGGCGCCGAACGCACACACCGAAUCUGUCACUACUGAGACAGAGAAUGGCGCAGAUCUGCCUUCUCAACCCGAAGCGAAAGCGCUGACGCAGAAAGAAGUAGAUGACGCCUUUAGAAACGCCUUCCUCUACGGCAUACAUCACUACAAGACCAACAACGCGAAUUCACCGAACUUCGGCUUAGUGUUCCCACUAUCGCAAUCCUUCGUCAUGUCAACGUUGGUUCAACCGUUUCUGCCAGCCUUUACUCCGGAGCAGAGCCAGCAACUGCAGAUCAAGAAGACAACAUGGAAGAACAUCAAGAAGUUCGUCAAGAGCUUAGACAAGGAGAAAAUCAUUAAAUCUAAGGAUAAGGAUGGCAAUGAGACUGUCAUACUAGAUGUGGAUUUCCGCGAUGAAGCGGUCCUCAACUUCAAGCCUUACCGCUUACCGAAGAAGGAGACCACAGCUGGAGGAUCGUUAGGUCGUGGAGAAAUCGCGACGGACAAGAUCGAUACGGGCGACGAUGCUGUCGGGCAAAAGCUUCAGGUUGUCUCGUUCUACAAGCCCUCUGCAAAGCUGCAGCCCAUCUUCGAUGCUGGAUCUAAGGCACUCUAUACCCCAGCCGAGGUUCGAGAAUUGGUCACAUCAUACAUUGAGAGCGAGAAGCUCGUCUCCGAGACCAACAAGCGACUCGUCAAGCUGAACCCAACUCUUGCAAACUCCGUUUUCGACGGCUCCGGCUCUCUUGACACAGAAGUCCAAGCCAAGGGCGCGGUACCUCGCGACGCCCUCAUCGAACGCAUAUUACACGGGAUGUCCAAUUCCUACGCCAUUGUCCGAAAUGGCGCAGAUCCCAGCAGUGUCAAAGCCAAGAGUGGACCCGUACCGAAAGUUCACAUCACACUUGAAACGCGGAGCGGGAACAAGACCGUCACGAAAGUUUCUGGACUGGAGGCGUACUAUAUCAAUACACGACCGCUUGCGGACGAGCUGAGGAAAGUGUGUGCUGGGUCUACAAGCGUUGAACCCCUGGCCGGGGGUGCGAAGAAGCAUGAAAAGGAAGUGAUGGAGGUAAUGGUGCAAGGUCCUCAGAAGGAUGCGGUGGUCAAAGCGCUGGAGAGGAGAGGCCUUGACAAGCGGUGGGUGGAGGUUUUGGACAAGACGAAAGGGAAGAAGAAGUGA